AUGCGUAAAAACAAAUGCUACUUAAAAACUAAACUAAAACCAGGUACCAACCAAACCUACAAAGGUAGUCCCCCGGAUAAAGCCUGGAUAGACGCGGCGUCGAUCGUCAAAAUCACUUGGUACGGUCUUAGAACUGGGGAGAACCUAUACCUCUUAGCCGAUCUCUGUGGAGGACUCCAUAGAGAACCGGCUAAAUCUGGUCUUAGAUCGGCCAUUCUAGCUGCAUUCAAAAUUCUAGCUGCAUUGUUCCCCAGGAGUAUCCACCCCGUUGGCAGAAAUAGGUUGGUAUUCUAA